AUGAAAUUUCGUACCUAUCCAAAUUUUUUCACCGUCACCUACAUUUACCGACCGAACCCAAUCACAUUUGCGGUUUGGAUUCUCGCGAACGAGGAUUAUUAUGGAUUCCCGCAAAGGUUGAGCGUUCAACUUUGGUCUAACUUGACGUCUCCGGAAUGGUCGCAUACGGAUUUAAUUGAAUUGGAGAGUAAUCAACUUAUCGGUGGCGGCUCCGGCGAAAAGUAUCGUGUUUUCGAGGUAGCGAUCUCAACCGAUCAUAUCAAUCAUGGGCAAUACGAAUUUUGCUUUAGGGUCAAGAGGAUAAUGGAAACGUAUGAAGAAGGUUGGCAUUGGAUCAAUAUCGGUGAAAAUAAGAAUGGCAAGGUGCACGUGUUCGACUUCCGAGAAAAGAGAACCAAGGAUAAAGUUUAUGAAAUCGAGUCCAUCUUUGGCAAAAACGUUAUUAGCGAAAAUGUUAGGUAUAGUUCUCAUGGCGAUGUUAGUUGUUGGGUUGUUAACAAAGAGGCAAAGUCUAAUGGAACUUGUAAACUCGAUAUCGAUCGCAAAGAUAUCUUGUACCUGAUCGUUCAACAGUCGACGGGUCACUAUGUAGUAUUCAUUCCACUGACGGCCGAAGAUUGUAGUAGCUGUUUUCGAUCGGAUGAAGAUGGAAAUUUGAUUUAUGCUGUCGAUAAUUAUAGCGGAAAGGACGGAUUGGCCAGGUUUAUUGUGGGACGCGGAUAUGAUCCUUAUGCGACUUCAAAGGCAUGCAUCUAUUUGGCGAAAACCGUCUAUGGACGUACCCGUGAAUCCAGGAAAAGCGUUCGUAAGAAAAAGGACAAUAUGCAAUACUACGAGAAGCUUGGAUAUUGCACUUGGAAUGCAUUCCAAGAAAACGUGCGACAACAAGAUGUCGCGGACGUAUUGCAUUCAUUGGACUCGUCGGGGAUACAUGUUGGAUAUGUAAUAAUGGAUGACGGAUGGCAACAAGUUAGUCAUAACCGUCAAUUGCAAAGUUUCGAGGUCAACGAAAAAUUUCCCGACGGAUUAAAAUUUUUUAUCCAAGGAGUCAAAGAAAAAUAUCCAUACUUGGAGCAUUUCGGGGUUUGGCAUACCUUGUGGGGAUACUGGAAUGGGAUCGACCCAACGUCAGAGUUGGCAGAACAAUAUCAUCUCAAGCAAGUCAGGGGAGAAGGAAGAACCAUACAUCUUAUUACUCCCGAAUCGGUCACCAACUUUUACAAUGACUUCUACAGAUUCUUAAGGUCUCAGGGAGUGGAAAUCGUGAAAGUUGAUUCUCAAGCGAGUUUUGAUUUGGUCGAGUUUGACAAAGUUGAGCUUCAUCAGUGGUGUAAGAAAUAUCAGGAGUCCCUGUGUGAAUCCAUUGAAAGAUACUUUGACGGUAGGGUCAUUUAUAGUAUGGCUCAUAGCCCCAGCAUCGUUCAACCGAUCAUUUUGAACGAUGGCCUGUUGAGCGAGAAGAUAACGAACAGGCCUCUUUUUAGGAAUAGCGACGAUUGUCAUUCGCAGCAUCAUGAAUCCCUGCGUCACAUCUAUGUGAAUUCCAUGAACAAUAUUUGGACAAGUCUAUUCAGCAUUCCAGAUUGGGACAUGUUUCAAACGAAUCACGAAUAUUCCGAGUGCCACGCGGCGGCAAGGGCGAUCAGCGGGGGGCCCAUUUAUAUUGCGGAUCUGCCGCAUCAGCAUGACACAAUCAUCCUGGGAAGAUGCAUAGUUAAAACGCCCGCUUUUAGAAUAAGGCAUGCGGCCGAUGGUAAAACAAAAGUUUUUAUGCAACGAAUUUUACGGAGUGAAAGAUCUGCCUUGCCGUCCAUCCGAGACUUGUUCGAAGAUCCCACAAACACCGACAAACUUUUGAAAGUUGGUAAUGUCAAUGACCGAAUGGGAGUCCUUGGAUUAUGGAAUUGCCGGCAAGAUGAGAUAAUCGACAGGUUCGACUUGGAAGACGUUUAUGGAAUUGCUGCCAACCCCAAUGACUGGAAAGCCAACGGCACAAGAGUCAAUGGACCGGUGCAUCACGAUUUGAGAUUUCUAAGGGACGACGAUGAUACUGAUGGUACUGUGGAAGACAUCGACUAUGCUCUUUACUUUUUCAAAAACAGACAAGUAAGAAAUAUUGGAAGCAUGAGGUCGAAAAAAUCAAUGGCCGUAAUGCUAAAACCUCUCGAUUUUGAAAUUGUCACGAUUUCUCCGAUUGACGUUUUGCUGGUCACGUUACCUUUCGGUGAUGAAAUUAGCGUAGGAGUUGCGUGCUUUGGGUUGAUUGACAAGUAUAACGGGUCGAGAGCUGUGAUCUCUGCGGGGUACAUUAGUGAAGGGUGGGAUGAAGGAAAUAAAUAUCCCACGGAUUCAAAUAAUACACGUGAUGACAUGGGAGGUACGAGAAGAAGUGGGAACAGGAGAGGGAUGGUGUUUUACGAGACGAAAUUAAUUGGAUACGGCGAUUGUGGUUUUUACUUGAAUCCGGGAAAAUACAGGAGUGUUCGUGAUAUCAAGGUUUAUCUGAACAAUGUGACCUUGAGUGAUACGUUCGUCAGGUACGAUUCCGAGAUGCAGUUUCUUGUGGUCAAUUUGCGUGAGAACGAAGAGUUGACGAUGGAAGAGGAAAGGGGUGGAAAGAGGAGUGAUUAUGGGGAUGAAGAUGUGUUGGAGGUGAUUUUGGAGAUUAAAGUUGACUAG